GUGAAGGCCAUUGUGCCCCACGCCAGCUCUCAGAUGCAGCUGCGCACCUCGCGCGAUGCCUUGGCACACGUCCGAGACUGGGGCGAAGAGGGCGAUCGCUACGAGGUGAAGCUCUUCAUCUCUGGGCGUUAUCGCGCUGUAACCUGGUCCAAGAUCUGA